UCCACCGUUCCAUCGUUCCACCGUUCCAUCGUUCUAGCUUUUCGGGUCACCCUUCCCAGAGGGCUUCGCAAGCCUAUCAUAAACAUUGCGUUGCGUCAUUUUGCUCAAGUAAAAUUCUUUUGAUUAAUAACACUUUAAGAAAGAUGCUUUCUUUCGUAUGGGAGGAAAACUUUUAGCUUCCAGUGGUAUAGAAACAUGUUUGAAAUAUCUAAGCGCUUAGAACAAGCCAACCAAGCUGCAAAUCCACAAGAACAUUUGGAAGAGGAGCAUGUGAAAGCUGGUCGCAACGCUGAAGUAUCAUUUGUGUCCGAUCUGCGUUUGAAGAGCGGGCUUGACAAAUCAAAUUUGUUUUGCUGCUUAAGAAUUCCAGACAGAUAUAAAGCACGGAAACGAGAAAUCGAUGUAGUGGUUCUAACCGCAGAUGGAAUAUUUUGUAUUGAGGUGAAAUAUUGGUCCGGCACUAUAACGAGAAGUGAAGACGGCUCAAAAUGGAUCCAGACGAGAACGAAGCAGAUCGCGACAAACUCCUUCACUACUAACCAAAUUGAACACAAAAAUAGCGCCACAGAGACUGAAGCUAAGGCUCGUCUUCUUAGAGAUUAUUUAAUUAGAAAAGAGGUUUACGUUGCAGAGAAUCUGUUCCACAGCCGAGUCGUUUUCUGUAAUGGAAACGCUGAGCUAGAUGAACAAAUAGCAAACAAUAGCGUUGUAGUUAAACCGAGUGCCGAUCAUGACAAAUUCAUUGAAAGCUUUAGUCGCGGCUUCUUUCAAAGUUUGUCAGAAUCAGUCGUGCCAUCCUGGAUUUCAGGAAAACUGUCCUAUUCACAGAUGCAUCAGAUCAGAAAUGUUCUGUCCACGACAGGAACUUGGGAUAUAAUUCAUUUGAACGGAGGGAGACAGCUUUACGGGGAUUUGAAAGAAUGCGCGGAGGUUUCUCUCGAUCGGAGGAAGUGUGAGGCGUUAGUGUUUUCGCAUCAGAGAAGUCGUGUGUUGGGCAUGACGUGGGCUUUAUUUGGCUACAGUCCACAAGUCUUUGUAUCCUUGAUCGAGCGGGGUGGAAGCGGAUUGUUGUGGAACUCCUAUUGUGCCACCUUGAAAAUACCGCACAACACUGAUGUUAUUUUCCGAAUUUGCGGAGAUGAAGUAGAUUCAAAGAUCCCAGCCAACGAGAUUGAAAGGAUAUCUAUCAGCAUCUGAAAGAAACGUACAGAAUAUUUGCGGAAUAGUUUUUUUGAGACGAGAAAUUGUUAGAAUAAGAAAAAAAGUGGAAUUAACUACAAAAGUUGAUUUGCGGAAGCAAAGUUAUCCACGCGGUUGCGUCUGUGCAAAGUGUCAUUUUUAGCCCGCCUUCGGGAAAGGUCAUUUGUAAUGUUCAGUUACGCAUAUAACCCUACUCACUGAUACUUUUGGUAAUUAAAAGGAUCCUUCCACAGAACAAAAUAAUCCAAGUGUGAUGAAUGACUUUGUAAAUGUCGUACUGUUGAUGAUAAGUGCCUCAUUCUAUAUCAGCAGGUGUCAUCAGUGGUAAUUGCGUGUGCUUGCGUGUGUGUGGAAGGGUUUCUGAAACUGGAGCUACCAAAUGUUGUAAGGAGUAUACGCAAGACUUUUUCAAAUCCAGUUUGAAAUUCCUAUUACCAGUUGGUCCUUCUAGUUCCUCUCAAAGUGAGUGUUCUCUAGCUAUGAAGGACCCGAAAACUCUGCCACAUGAGACAUGGUUAGAUGCUACUCUUGUUUAAAGAUUUAAUGAUUGUAACCGAGAAGUUACAAUUUAUAGACCCAACAUUUCAACACUCCUGUCUAGUGUCUUCAUCAGGAGUGACCUAAUUGUUGCAACAAGAGGUCCUUUUAGAUGCUCAUGAAUAAGCUGCCUUUUUUCCUGACUAAUUGUAAAUAGGCAUCAUUUAGUAAGCUGCCAUCAUCACAAUUUAAGGAGUGUGGGCUGAGUUGAUAUGCCAAGCUUCCAAACAAAGGCGCUGGUGGUAACGUCCAUCAGUGGUGAUAAUUUUAGACUUAUCCCACCCAAUAAUAUGGUUAGUAGGGCAUGUGUGCUGUGAAAAAGCUGAAUUUUCUUUUUUGCAAAAGAAGACCCUACUAUGGCGUAAAUGAAAUUACCCCUAUUUAUGUAUCACAAUAGCAAGAUGUAAUAUAUGUAUUUGAAUUGACA